AUGUCCGUCCUGGCGAUCGAAGCGGAGCUUGCAAAGUUUCAGAUGUUUUCGGGAUGCAGCUCCGAGAUGAUCUCGGAGCUGAGCCGAUUGACCACAAGCAGGAUAUGCAAUGAGGGCCAGGUGAUGCAGGCCAAGGGGGACCACACGGAUGCGCUGCUGAUCGUUCUCCGGGGCACGCUCAAUAUUUUCCUGGGUGAGGAGUGCAUCGGGCAGAUGCGGAAAGGGGACCACGUGGGUGAGACCUUUUUCCUCGCUGUGGAGGACCUUUGGAACAUACAGCUCGUCGCCGCCGAGUUGGGUAUGGUGUGCGACGUCAGCCGCGAGGUACUCCAAGAUGUUUUGAAAGAUUUCCCUGCAGACAAAGAGCUGCUGAAUCCGUAUUUGUCUCAGCCGCCCCACGUGCACCUUCUCACGUCUGAGCGCAUGCUCCAGAGCCCCAUCUUCGCACAGCUCUCCGAAUCAGCUUGGGAGAUCUUUCGGGACAACAUGGUCCGGCGCAUCUUUUUCCCUGGCGAGACGAUUUUGGCCGAAGAGUCCAACCAGAAGUAUCUGGUGCUUCUGGCGCGUGGGGCCGCAAGCAUCGAGAUUGCAGGCCGCACAAUUCGCGUCGAGCGCAGGGGCGAGUCUCUUAGAGGCCUGUCCCAGCGCGAGGGAGUGGCGAUGGAGCAGGAUGUCCCUGGGCAUAUGAUGGCUUAG